GUGGGGAGGUAGGAGGCUUCUGUGACACAGAUUUGCUGUGCGUGUUCCCAGGGUUUCCAGGACUGAGGAGACUUCAUAAUUGGUUGAGAGCAGACAGACUUUUUGGCCAAUCAGACUCAGAGCUGAGGUGGGAGAUCUGCUCUUCCUGCCCGCCUCUCCUCCUCCAGCUCCCCAGCUCCACUCAAAUUCAGUUCCCUCCCCCUCUGCCCACCCCCGCUAUUGGUGACUAAGAAGAACUGCUGUAGGCAGGCAAACCUCGGAGCAGUUUUUAAGAGGCUAGAAGGAGACAUAAGACUUUUCAGCUGCUGCAUUGCAAGCCCUGGGUCUACCUUGGAGACAGGAGAGCACAGAGUUACUCUCCAGGAAGGGACUUCUGGGUCAUGGGGCCCAAGACACCCCCACAGCUCGCUGGGAAAUGGCAAGUGCUGUGCAUGUUGUCCUUGUGCUGCUGGGGCUGGGUGUCUGGGCAGCUUCGUUACUCAGUGGUGGAGGAGUCUGAGCCGGGGACGCUGGUGGGGAAUGUUGCUCAGGAUCUGGGCUUAAAAUUGACAGAUCUGUUGAGCCGCCGACUGAGGCUGGGCUCUGAGGAGAAUGGGCGCUAUUUUUCCCUAAGCUUGAUGAGUGGUGCUCUGGCAGUGAAUCAAAAGAUUGACCGAGAGAGCCUGUGUGGAGCCAGCACCAGCUGCCUGCUGCCAGUUCAGGUGGUGACUGAACACCCUCUGGAGUUAAUCCGUGUAGAGGUAGAGAUCUUGGAUCUCAAUGACAACUCUCCUAGCUUUGCCACCCCUGAGCGAGAGAUGCGCAUCUCAGAAUCAGCGGCAGCUGGGGCACAAUUUCCACUGGACAGUGCCCAGGACCCUGAUGUGGGCACCAAUGCCGUGAGCUUUUACACUCUAAGCCCCAACAGCCACUUCUCUCUGAAUGUGAAGACCCUAAAAGAUGGGAAGCUGUUCCCAGAGCUGGUGCUAGAGCAGCAGUUGGAUCGUGAAGCCCAGGCAAGACAUCAGCUGGUGCUCACUGCUGUGGAUGGGGGCACCCCAGCCCGCUCAGGGACCACCCUAAUCUCUGUCAUCGUGCUGGACGUCAAUGAUAAUGCUCCAACCUUCCAGUCCUCAGUUCUGCGUGUGGGACUCCCAGAGAAUACACCUAUGGGUACACUGCUGCUUCGCCUCAAUGCCACUGAUCCAGAUGAGGGCACAAAUGGCCAAGUAGAUUAUUCUUUUGGAGACCAUACAUCUGAGGCAGUGCGGAAUCUCUUUGGCCUAGACCCUAGCAGUGGAGCAAUCCAUGUGUUGGGUCCCAUAGACUUUGAGGAGUCAAGUUUCUAUGAAAUUCAUGCAAGAGCCCGUGACCAGGGACAGCCAGCCAUGGAGGGCCACUGUGUGAUUCAGGUGGAUGUGGGGGAUGCAAAUGACAAUGCCCCAGAGGUGCUACUGGCCUCUUUGGUCAACCCUGUGCUGGAGAGCACGCCAGUGGGCACAGUGGUGGGGUUGUUUAAUGUGCGGGACCGAGACUCAGGUAGAAAUGGUGAAGUGAGCCUUGAUAUCUCUCCAGACCUGCCGUUUCAGAUUAAGCCUUCUGAGAACCACUACUCACUGCUAACCAGCCAGCCCUUGGACCGGGAAGUCACAUCCCACUAUAUCAUCGAGCUGCUGGCCAGAGAUGCUGGCUCACCUCCCCUGCACAAACAUCUCACUAUCAGGCUCAACAUUUCAGACGUUAAUGACAAUGCACCGCAAUUCAUCCAGCAACUCUACACUGCUUACAUCCCAGAAAACCGGCCUCCAGGCUCCCUUCUCUGUACUGUGGCUGCCUCAGAUGCAGAUGCUGGGGAUAAUGCCCAGCUCACCUAUUCUAUUGUAGGAAGUCAGGUUCAGGGAGCCCCAGCCUCCUCCUUUGUCUAUGUCAACCCUGAGGAUGGAAGGGUCUUCGCCCAGCGUACCUUUGACUUUGAAUUGCUGCAGAUGCUGCAGAUUGUGGUGGGGGUUCGAGACUCUGGCUCGCCCCCAUUGCAUGCCAACACAUCUCUGCAUGUGUUUGUCCUAGACCAGAAUGAUAAUGCCCCGGCUGUGUUGCACCCACGGCCAGGCCGGGAACACUCAGCCCCCCAGCGUCUCCCUCGCUCUGCUCCUCCUGGCUCCUUGGUCACCAAGGUGACAGCCGUGGAUGCUGAUGCAGGGCACAAUGCAUGGCUCUCCUAUUCACUGUUGCCACAGUCCACAACCCCUGGACUGUUCCUCGUGUCUACCCUUACUGGUGAGGUGCGCACAGCCCGGGCUUUACUGGAGGAUGACUCUGACACCCAGCAGGUGGUGGUCCUGGUGAGAGACAACGGUGACCCUUCUCUCUCCUCUACAGCCACAGUACUGCUGGUUCUGGAGGAUGAGAACCCUGAGGAAAUGCCCAAAUCCAGUGACUUCCUCACACACCCUCCUGAGCGUUCAGACCUUACCCUUUAUCUUAUUGUGGCUCUAGCAACCGUCAGUCUCUUAUCUUUAGUCACCUUCACCUUUAUGUCAGCUAAGUGCCUUCAGGGGCACGCAGAUGGGGACGGGGGUGGGGGCCAGUGCUGCAGACGCCAGGACUCUCCCUCCCCGGACUUCUAUAAGCAGUCCAGCCCCAACCUGCAAGUGAGCUCAGACGGCACGCUCAAGUAUAUGGAGGUGACGCUGCGGCCCACAGACUCCCACAGCCGUUGCUACAGGACGUGCUUUUCACCGGCCUCCGACGGCAGUGACUUCACUUUUCUAAGGCCCCUUAGCGUUCAGCAGCCCUCAGCUCUGGCGCUGGAGCCUGACGCCUUCAGGUCCCGCUCUAAUACGCUGCGGGAGCCGAGCCAGCAAGCCCCGCCCAACACGGACUGGCGUUUCUCUCAGGCCCAGAGACCCGGCACCAGCGGCUCCCAAAAUGGCGAUGACACCGGCACCUGGCCCAACAACCAGUUUGACACAGAGAUGCUGCAAGCCAUGAUCUUGGCGUCUGCCAGUGAAGCUGCUGAUGGAAGCUCCACCCUGGGAGGGGGCGCCGGCACCAUGGGCUUGAGUGCCCGCUACGGCCCCCAGUUCACCCUGCAGCAUGUGCCCGACUACCGCCAGAACGUCUAUAUCCCUGGCAGCAAUGCCACACUGACCAACGCAGCUGGCAAGCGGGAUGGCAAGGCCCCAGCAGGUGGCAAUGGCAACAAGAAGAAGUCGGGCAAGAAGGAGAAGAAAUAAUGUGGAGGCCAGGCCUAGAGCCACAGGGCAGCCUCCCUCCCCAGCCAGCCCAGCUUCUCCUUACCUGUACCCAGGCCUCAGAAUUCAGGGCUCACCCCCAGGAUACUGGUAGGGGCCAAGGCCAUGCUCCCCUUGGGAAACAGAAACAAGUGCCCAGUCAACACCCCCUCUCUCUGCCCCCCAGGGGGUUGAAUAUGCAAAGGGAGUUCUGCUGGGAACCCCCAUCCAAUCAAUUGCUGUACCCAUGGGGGUAGUGGGGUUAGUGUGGACUCCACGAACCAUUGUCACACCCCCUUUAUUUACAGCUGAACUCCUCCAUCUUCCAAAUUAAUCAGGCCCAUCCAUCCCCUGCCUCCCUGCCCGCCCCACCUCACUCCUUCAACAGUUCCUCUCUCUUGAGUGAGGGGGUUGGGGUGUUGAGGUACCAGGUGACCUAAAAAGGCUCAUAGUUCUGAAGAGUUGGAAGGACAUCAUGACCUCUUGGCUUCUCCUUCGAUUCUCAAUCUUCCCCCAAAGCAUGGUUUGGUCCAGUCCCUUCAUCUCCUUCCACACCUGAGACCAAUGCUCAAGUUUUGGAGGACAAUGGUCACCAUCCCCAUGGUACUUAUGCUUGCUGGAUUUAGGGAGAGCAUUUUGCUACCAAGCCUCUUCCUUAUGCCCUGGGGACCAGUCUUUUGUUUUGUUUUGUUUUUUAUUGUUUGAUGUUCCCACUGCAUGCUGUGACUACCUUACUCCCUCCUCAAACAAGAGACUCCAUUGCAUGUUCCAAGACAGUAUGGGGUGGUAAGAUAAAGAAGGGAAAUGUGUGUGUGUAGAUGGGGGGGAUGGACGACGCUUGACCCAUCAGUUAUCAGGGUCUUUCAGGAGGCUCUGUAUGUCCCCAGGGUACUGACCAGAUCCCCAAAUUUCAGCCAUAAACCAAUCACCAGGCUGGACCCUCACCCCCCACAAAUAGGGCUCAGCCCAGGCAGCCAGCUUUGGGCCGAGCUACCAGGACCAAUGGAUUUAAACUGGCAUUUCAGACCAAGGAAUCUCUGAGAAGGUUUAGGAUCAGGUCCCCUGGAGGGGUCAGAGGGGCUUCUGUGGGUGCUGGGUACUCACUCCAGAGGUGCCUCUGGUGGAAGCCAGCAGAGCCCCAGCAGGAAGGAAGAGCCAGCUGGGCCCUUCUUAGUCCCUGGGUUGAGAAGGCAAGCAGCUAGAGCAGGGACCAAGUGGACAGACAGUCUCAGCCCAGGAUGGGCUUCUCCACAGAGGCCCUGCACUUCUCAAGCCUCGGUCCUUCUCCUUGCCAGGUGCCAUUUCUUCUCCGUGAAGGCCACUGCCCAGGCCCCCAGUCCGCCCCCUAGUGGCCAGAGCCUGGUUAAAGUCCCCCAGUGCCUCCUUGUGCAUAGAACUUCCUCUCCCCACGCCCUUCUUCUCCCGGGGUCCCGUUCAUCCGGCGGGGCUGCCAGAGAACCCCACCCCAGCCCGUACAGUAGUGUAGAGCCCUCUCCCCCCCUUCGGCUGGUGUAGAAUAGCCAGUAGUGUAGUGCGGUGUGCUUUUACGUGAUGGCGAGUGGGCAGCGGGCGGCGGGCUCCGCGCAGCCGUCUGUCCUUGCACCUGCCUGCGGCGGCCCGUGCUGUGUUUCGUGCUGUGUCCACGCGCUGCGGCGACCCCCUCCCCCGUACUGACCCCUUCUAUAAGCGCUUCUCUUCGCAUAGUCACGUAGCUCCCACUCCACCCUCUUCCUGUGUCUCACGCAAGUUUUAUACUCUAAUAUUUAUAUGGCUUUUUUUCUUCGACAAAUAAUAAAAAGGUUUCUUCUGAAA